AUGGAGAAAAAGGCAGAGAAAAGUAUUCUUUCUCAACUUACGACAUUGGACUUUGAGGAUAUAGACCCUCUUGGUGAUGAUAUUGAUAUGGAUAAUAUUGGAGCUAAAGGUGUGCCGCCUAUAAGUACAAGUACAAGUUCUAGAUCAGUGAAUAUGCAAAAAAGGCCCAGACAAAUAGGUCCAAUGGAUACGUAUUUUGCUCCUAAUGUACAAAAAAUUGUUGAAAGUAGAAAGGGUAAAGAAAGACAAUCUACGAUAAAUGAGGCAUACAAGAAAGAAUUGAGGGAAAAAGCUUGUAUGACCAUAACUGAGUGGAUGUAUGAUGCGGCAAUUCCAUUUAAUGUCGUUAAUUAUUCAAGCUUCAAAAGAAUAUUGGACUUGGUUGGCCAAUAUGGCAUAGGUCUAAAAGGACCUAGUUAUCAUGAGGUGCGGGUUCCUUUUCUAAAAAAGGCGGUUGAUAGUGUGACAAAUGAUUACAUUAAGUCGUAUGAAACAGAAUGGGCCAAGUAUGGUUGUAGUUUGAUGGCAGAUGGGUGGACAGACAAAAGGCAGAGAACAUUGAUUAAUUUUUUAGUGAAUUCUCCUAAAGGUUCAGUUUUCAUCGAAUCGGUUGAUGCUUCUGAUUAUGCAAAGACUGGAGAGAACAUAUUUCAGUUGCUUGAUCGAUUUGUGGAGCAAGAUAUAGGGAAAUUGCAUGAUUUUAAAGCAACAUUGAAAAAGGCAAUGAGUGUGAAUGCUUACAUUUAUGUUCGCCCCGGCAUGGUAAAUAUGUUGAGGCAAUUCACAAGACAAAAAGAGCUUUGUCGGGCAAGUGUCACAAGAUUUGCUACAGCUUUUCUUACUCUUGAAAGGAUGCACCUACAGAAGCAAAAUUUAAGAAAAAUGUUCAUUUCAAAAGAUUGGGCAGAGAGUAAAUGGGCAAAAGGACCGGCGGGGAAGAAGAUAGCUAAAAUUAUCAUGACACUUAGAUUUUGGAGCAGUAUUGUGCAUAUUUUAAAGAAAUAUAGCCCUUUAGUUCGUGUUCUGAGACUAGUUGAUGGCGAAAGAAAACCUGCAAUGGGCUAUAUUUAUGAGGCUAUGGAUAGGAUUCACAGCAAAAAAAGAAAUAGGCUAACUCAGCAGCGCUUAAAUGAUUUGGUAUUUGUGAAAUACAAUCAUGCCUUAAAGCUUUGGUAUGAUGCACGUGAUAAGAUUGCCCCCAUCUCUUUGACAGAUAUUGAUGAUAGUAAUGAAUGGGCUAGUGGAGCUGAAGAGCCUGAAUAUUGUACUAGAGGAAAAAAUAUUACAUCAUGA